AUGAUUACCGACAAGCUCAAUACAAACAGCGAGCUUCGACACGAAGGCAAUAUGGCGGGCGAAAGCAAAAAGUCUCGUAGCCUUUUGGCAUGUAAUGCUGAUAGCUAUUCACAGCAGACAAACAAUGUAAGUGAAUACGAAGCAGAGAAAACCUCUGAAUUUUGUUAUAAUUCGAACAAUUCCCGUAGUUGUUAUUGCAAAGACUUUACAUUACAAAUCAAGCGUAUCGAAGUUGAAAUGAAGCUAUUACAAAAUCGAAUGGACGCUCAUGAGAUUGAUGAUCCCACCGUACCUUGCAACAGUGAUCUGUCGCUACGAAGGGAAAAUGUUCGCUUACAAAGUGACUUGGAAUCAGCUAAAUCCACAAUAAAACAACUUAAAAGAAAAGUAAACGAAUUGCAAAGUGAAAAAUCUAGCCUCACAACGGUAAUUAGAUUAUUACAAGAAGACAAUUUACAGCAUACUAAUUACAGUGACAGGAACAAUAAUGCAAAUGAUCAGCAAAAGAACGCUUGGACUGCAGCAAAGACACCGAAGAAAAGGAGAAAGAGAUCUACGUAUGUUACCAAAGAAAGAUUGCCCACUGCAUCAACCAAUGCUGGUACAGUGGAAACCGCAUCAACGAGUGCUGUUACAGAAGAAAAUAUAGCACUCGCGGAUACAAUGCCAGAAGAACUGAAUGUAAAUGGCCAUUCUAAUAGUCAAGGAGAAACCCAGGAAAGAAGCAGUAAUAUGCAAGAGGAGGAAAGUAGAGCCCAUAAUAGUGAAACAACUAAGCCUACAAAAGUCAUAAUAGCGGGUGAUUCAAUGAUUAAGCACUUAAAUGGAUAUAUAGAAUGUCUGCAAAAAAUACGAGGGUCCAAGUUUCAACAUUUCCUGGAUGCACUAUCUUAG